UCAGCUCAGAGGACCUGCCGUCACGCGCAGCACUUUGUUUAAUGUCUUAGACCACUGGGGUUCUGCGCUCGCGCCAAAGGAACAUCUCUGAACACACCUGUAAGGAUAAAGAACUAUGGACGAGGAGGAGCAGUUUGUGAGCAUCGACCUGAACGAUGACAAUAUCUGCAGCGUCUGCAAGUUGGAGACAGAAACGGGGACCCUGUCUUUCUGCCACGUCUGCUUUGAACUCAGCAUUGAGGGUGUCUCCUCUGCUGCCUUGUUGCACUCUAAGUCCCUCCGUGGCCACAGAGACUGCUUUGAGAAGUACCACCUCAUAGCCAACCAGAAGCUGUCCCAUUCCAAGGUCUCCCGAAGUGCCUAUGAGGGCAUGAAGCUGGCCUUCAGCCAGAAACUGAACCGUAUCAUCCAGUUUGCCCAGAACAAAGACUCUGUCUCCUCCAACGGCUGCCCCCGACGAGGGCCAAAGCUUCUUUGUUACAGCCAGCAAAGUGACCGCAAGCUGCUGCCGCAGGCUGAUGCCCAGGUGCCCCGCUACGCCCCCUGCUGGGACAGGGGCAAAGCAACGGGGCUGCCUGAAUACACAAUGAGGAUGCUGGAGAGUCAAACAGCAGAGGACGUGGGUCUGCUUCAUGAGUCACAGUCUGACGCUUGGACCAGUGAUGGCAGGAGAGGCGUGCACAGCCGGAAGCAGUCAUCAGGAGGGCAGACGCAGCUCGGACACCAGGGCCGCAGCAGAGAUGAAUUGGCUAAAAUGAGUGUGGAUGAGCUCCAUCAGCUGAACAGCCAGCUACUGAAGCAGAUUCAGAAGGUCUUUGAGGAGCUGACAGCCGCCGUGCAGGAGAAGGAUGCCUUGGCGUCUGAGCUGCACGUGCGUCACGUUGCCAUCGAGCAGCUCUUUAAGAACUGUGCCAAACUGCCCUGGUUGCACAUCAGCAGGGCCGGUGUGAAGGCCAGCACCAACAGCGGUGGCGCUGUGGAAUAAAGAAGGUGCUGGAAGACUGCAGCGUGUUACAAGAGGAACUUUCUGAAUCUGCUGCUGGGACUCAGUUGAAUUCUUGGACUUGCAGGAUGCAGCUGGACAGUGACUGACUCCUACAACACCAUGAUGACAUGGAGUUAUUAGUUCUGCAUUAGAGCAGCAUUAAGGGCUUUGGUUGACCCUCUGUGUUUUCAUGGUUGGAGUGACGGUGCAAGGAUUUAUGGCGGUUUACAAAUGAAUUGCCAGUCUGGCGCGUGGCCUGGAUUUCACCCAACCCAAGCACCCAGGAUGCAAAUCAAUUAAAGGAUGCACAGACAUUCCUGGCCUUGAAACUGGAUGGCUUCUGUGGCUCACGGACAAGAGAA